AUGGAUAUAUCCAACAACUUGAUAACAGGGUUUCAUAACCAUCAAACCAUUCUACCUUGGUCUAGUCUGCGUGAGUUAGAAAUCCAAUCUAACUUGUUCGAAGGACAACUGCCAAUUCUUCCAUCAUCUGUCAAACAUUGCGAUGCCUCUGACAAUAUUCUAAGUGGUGAAAUUCCCAAGUCGAUAUGCAAUUUGAGUUCAAUUUUGUUCCUUGAUUUGUCAAACAAUAACUUGAGUGGGGAGUUUCCUCGUUGUUCAGACGGUAUGAUCAGUGGCUCUAUAAUAGCUUUGAAUUUGAGAAACAACUCUUUCCAUGGCACCAUUCCUCUUGAAUGUCAGCAGCAGGAAAGUGAUUUGAGAAUGGUGGAUUUCAGUCACAAUAAUUUUCAGGGAAAACUUCAACGACCAUUUGCAACAUGUGUGAAUCUUGAGUUUCUUGACUUUUCUUACAAUCAAAUCAGUGAUGUGUUCCCCACUUGGCUUGGGAGGUUCCCUCUGUUAAAAGUUGUUUUAAUGAGGGAGAACAAAUUUCAUGGAGUCAUAGGGAAACCUGAAUACACUAAGGGUGAGUUUCCAAGGCUACAAAUUAUUGAUGUGUCUCACAAUUAUUUCACAGGGGCAUUGCCUUCUGAAUAUAUGCUCUUAUGGGAUGCUAUGAAAGCUUUUAAGGUGAGUGAUUUGAAAUACAUGAACGCAUGGGAAAAUGUCACCUUUAACACACAUGAAAUUGUUGGCGAAACCACUUUGUAUAAUUAUUCAACAACAUUUGUGAUGAAAAGUGUGGCAACAAGCUAUGGGAAAAUUCCAGCAAAUCUAGCAAUCAUUGACCUAUCGAGCAACAAUUUCAGUGGUCAGAUUCCUGAGUCCAUUGGAAGCCUCAAGGCUCUCUACUCACUCAACCUUUCAAACAAUGCGCUCACAGGUCACAUUCCACCAUCGUUGGGGACAUUAACAGAACUGGAAUCAUUAGACCUUUCUCAAAACCAAUUGUCGGGAAAGAUUCCUCAGCAACUAGUAGAGCUAAAAUUCCUCCAAAAGUUUGAUGUCUCUUAUAACAAUCUCACAGGUCCUAUACCACAGGAGAACCAGUUCCACACGUUCAAGAAUACCUCAUUUGAGGGUAAUCAAGGACUGUGUGGAGAUCAAUUGUCGAAGAAAUGUGAAAACUGGCUGCUCCCACCAUCAUCUGCUUUAAAUAAAGAUGCUGAUUCUAAUUUUGCCAUUGAACUAGACUGGAAAUUCGCUUUGGCUGGACUUGUUAGCGGGCUUGUUAUUGGACUCUCUCUUGGGGAGAUGGUGAUCCCAAGGACGCGGUUGGCGUGGUUGAUUUACUUCUCUAGAACAAGAUUGGCGGAGCUGAUGAUCAGAAACUAA